AUGCGCAACCUUACAACAUUUUAUAGAUACAGUCAGGAGCAUCAUUUGUUCCUCUCAGUAUUGUUGUUUCUACAAUGGCUUUCGAAGUUUAACAGUGACAAGUUCAUUCGGUUCAUUCACGAGCCUUGGACAGCCAACACAUUCUGGGAGUAUCAAUCACAAAUACCAUCAGAUGCCAAGCUUCUCGCCUUCAUUCUUUACACAGAUAAAGUCAAAUUGUCAUUGUUUGGUCGGGCGAAAGGUUAUCCUGUCAUUGCUUGGUGCGCUAACCUUCCUGUUGCCAUUCGUAAUGGAGAAGGCUUGGGUGGUGGACGUGUAGUGGGAUGGUUACCAAUUGUGAAGGAGGACAAGAAGCACUCCGGAAAGCCGGUAUAUGUCAACCUCAAAAAUGCAGUAUGGCAUCAAUCAUUUCUGAAGAUCCUUGCCUGCCUCGCACUGCUGUUGAAGUUUGGAUCUGCCGUUAAAUGCUGGGAUGACAUCAUUUGUAUCUUCUAUCCGAUCAUACUCAUACUCUCUGCAGACUACGAAGAACAGUCUGUGAUGGCAUUGAUUCGUGGUCUGAUGGGAAAAUUCCCUUGCCCUAUAUGUCUUGUGCCUCAUGACGAGCUUUCUAAGACAUCUAAUAUUUAUCCUCUUUGCACAUCUGCAGGUGCGAAGGCAUUACGUGUUCAGGCCCAAGAGUCUACAACCUUGGAAGCACGAGAACAAAUACUGAGCUCCAAGAGCCUUCGUGAUGUUGAUAAUUCAUUUGAUACCAUGGAGAAUACUGAUGUUCAUCGGGCUCUCUCAAAUGACAAACUCCACUUUAAUUAUGGUGGCCUUUUCAGUGAUCACCUGUGGGCUGAACUGCAAAAGUGGAUCGAAAGUUCAGGUCAACAAGCUGCUAAAUACAUCGAAGACAUGUUAGACUUAAUUGACAAGUCAUGGAAUUUCCCGAAGAAACAUCUUUCUGCGCAUCUCUUCGACAAUAUUGAGGCAAAAGGUGUCACCCGAAACUAUAACACGAAACCGAAUGAAAAAAUGCAUGGCCCACUGAAGGAUGCUUAUCAGGAUCAUACAAACUUCAAGAACUUCGCUGAGCAGAUUCUCCGAUAUAACCAUGACAGCCUUAUCGCAGAAUACAUUCGUGGCAAGUUGAGCUGUCUCAAUGCGCAAAAACUCAGCCUACUCGACACAUCAGAUCUGCCCGAGAUUGAUUCAGAGACUGAAUCAACAACAGAUGGGCUACAUUUCAGUCUUGGCUCACCACAGGCAAUGCAGUCAUUUGCGGAUGUUGAAGCCAGUAAGACAGGCAAUCCGGCCUUCAUUCGAUUUCAGAUCAAGCUGAAUGAAUUUUUGAACCAUGCAUUCAAUGCCAACAAUAUACCAUUUCCCAAUGGGAGACGAAUCCAACUCACUGCUGAUGACACGAUCACUGAGUACCGAUUUCUUAAAGUCAACUAUGCAUCACUCGUUGACUGGCAUGUAUCUGCCGACUAUCUCCGAUGCAGUCCAAUGUUUCACGGAUUGCCUCGAUAUGAUUUCGUCAUCCUGCAGACAGAAGCUAGCGUCAUCUUCGCACAAUUAUUGAUGGUCUUCACCUGCAUGGUCGGAGAUGUCCAAUACCCUAUCGUGCUCACUCUCCCAUAUGAUCAACCUGUUGGUGCUCGUCCACGGAAGGACAAAGAUCUUGACUUCUGGCAAGUUAAGGCAAAGCCUCAAGUCUCCGCAGAAUUCUUUUUGGUGCAAUCCAUCAUCCAUGGUUGUGUAUUGGUGGAAGACAGUAGCAGACCCAAUGAGGCUUUGGUUGUUGACACUCUUGAUACAGAUAUGUUCCUUCGCAUAAAGGAAAUUCGUACUAAUAGUACUACAGCUGGUUACGGCGAGUUAUUAGCUUCCCCUUCAACAAUGAUCAUUAUCCCGUGCACCACACUCCCUCUCACCUGCCGCAAUGACAAAGGACCAGCUCGGACUCCAGAGGAGAAAAAGCGACAACUGGAAGACCUCUCAGUGACGGCCCAUUACUGCCACUACGAUUCAGAGGCUGACUGCCAAUGGUCAUUAAUCCUCGCGCAUUUCAACAAGUGUUUCGAUUCCCACCUUUGCCCAAAAGGUUGUGACAACUGUUUGAGAGGUGGAACAGUUUUUCGCCAGCUGUACACCUUGGAGGCGCAGCAGGUCCAGGCAAUCCGGCUAUUUGGGGAAACGGCCUCCACAGAUAGGAUCGCCCUCAGUCAUUUCAAAGAUGCAUACAUGGGUUGGAUUCAGAACUGGGCGAAGGUUCAUGAGAGUGGGCAAGGAUGUGGAUUCAGAUGGAGACCUGGACCAUACUAUCAUAACGGCAACCUCCCCAUUGAACUGGCAUUUAGAGAUAGUAAUGCCACUUACCGCUGCUUCUACUCUUGCACCAGUUCAUGUAUCAUCACCUGCUCUAACACCAAGCAAGAAGGCUGCUACAGCCCUGGCAAGUAUUACCUCACUAGUCUCGCCAACCAAGCCAUCUUAACGGACACCCUUCCUGUUUUGAUCGAUGAUCGCAAGUGUUCCAUCUCGAUGCUGGACUCUCAGACAGCCAAUGAUGAGGACACCCUUCCUGUUUUGAUCGGUUUUCACAAGCGUUCAAUCUCGCUGGACUCUCAGAACACCGAGGACAAGCUUGAAGAGCUUCGCAAGAAGUUUGUCGGUGAAAUUGACCUACCUGAAAGUCAGUGA